CCGCGUAAGGACCAAUGAAUGGAGGAGUGGGAGGGUGGUAGGCCCGAGAUUCGGUUUCCGGUUCCGGGGGACCUCUGCCUGUCUGCGCCUGUGCUACGUGUCUCUGGAGUCCGCGGAGUUGGCGAGCCGGUGUCAUGGAUCAGGUAAUGCAGUUUGUUGAGCCAAGUCGGCAGUUUGUGAAGGACUCGAUUCGGCUGGUUAAAAGAUGCACCAAACCUGAUAGAAAAGAAUUCCAGAAGAUUGCCAUGGCAACAGCAAUAGGAUUUGCUAUAAUGGGAUUCAUUGGAUUUUUUGUGAAAUUGAUCCAUAUUCCUAUUAAUAACAUCAUUGUUGGUGGCUGAAUACCUUUUUAGAAGAGCAUUUUUCAUCUUGGGGAUUGGUGAAUAAGUGAGGAUUUGCGAAGCUCAUGGAGUGAAAAUUUGCCUAUAUAUUUUGUGGUUUUCUUUAAUUUUUUUCUUCCAAGAUGUUUUCUGUUUCUAAAUUAAAAUAAUUUCAGAAUAAACGAACUUCUCUUUUUUCUA